AUGGCUUCCUUUAGACCAUAAUCUUCAUAAGCUAUUUCAGUCAGAUCACCCAGCAGAAUUAUUCCAGUGGUAUCCAACAUGGGUCAUUCUUAUGUGAUUCCAGCAGCCCAGAAUUUGCCAACAACUUUUUCACAUAGGGCAGAAAAAGAAAAUGAUGAUGAAUACAAAGAUGAAUUAGAGUUAUGGAAAAAAAAAUAUUUUACAUUAGAAGCUUAAUUAGCAAAAUAUGAUAUAGAAAAUGAAAUAAAAGAUGAAUUACAAUCAAGGAUUCUGGGUUCGUAGGAAGAUGUGAAAAAGUUCUAAAUUGAUAUGUCCAAAAUUCAGGCGGAUAUGGACAAACAAAGGGCAGAAAUGAAUGAUUUAGUAAUUGAAAAUCAAAAGUUACUGAAUUAAUAAGUAGAAGUAGAAAGGUUGAAAAAAUUAGUUGGUGAAAGAGAGGAUACAAUUAGCUAAUUGUCACAAAAAUGUAGAGAAUACUAAGAAUAACUAUAAGAAUUGGAAGCAUUUCAAUAAGCAUUAUAAGAUAUGCAUAAUCAAAAUGAAGGUAAAGAAAGGAUGAUUGAACAAUGGAAACUAAAAUAUACUGAGAACGACUAAAAGAAACAAAAGGAAAUUGAUGAAUUAAAAUAAAAAUUAGCAGAAUACAACCCAUCAGAAACACAAUUUCUAAAAGCUCAAUUAGAUAGAGAAAAACAAGAAUGGUAGAAUAGUUAAAAGAAGAUUUAACAGGACUUAACUGAUGCUCUUAAACAACUAGAUUAAUGGAAAAUCAAAUACAAUAAUCUUGAUAUGCAACAUUAACAACUCUCAUCUGCAUAAAAGGAAUCUGUUGCAAGAAUAGAUACCUUAAAUCAAGAAUAAAACAAACUCACUGUUUAAGUUCAUAAUUUGAAUGAUGAUAAAUAAAAGUUAUAAAUAGAGUUGGAAGCCACAAAGGGAUAAUUAAAAUUACAUUAGGGUUUGAUUGGAGAAUUAGAUAGGUUGAAGAAGUUGCUAACUGAUAAAAGUGCUGAACUUUAAUAGCUAUAAUAAUAAUCAUAAUAAAAAGAUAUUGAUCUUAAUAAUGCAGAUUUAACUAUUUAAGAACAAAAUCAAAAGAUUAAAUCAUUAUCCUUAUUGUAGUAAGAAAAUUAAAGAUUGCAAUAGGAAUUAGAUUAGCAACAUAGAUAAAAUGAAUAGUUGCAUUAAUAGAAUGCUGAAUUAUUGAAAAAUCUAGACAAAUUUAAGCUAUUAGAAGAAGAGAAAAUGCAAUUAGAAAAUAAAGUAAGUAUGUUGGCAGCAGAAAUAGAAAGAUUAAAAGUUUAAUUGAAAUAGAAGAAUGAUAAAAUUUUAUAAGAACAAGAAGAAUUGAAAAGACUCUAAGAAUAAUUGAAUGAAAUAGAUGAAUUAUAAAAGUAGAAUGAUGAUUUAGUUCGUUAAUUAGAAUAAGCCAAUAAUACAAUCGAUGAAUUAGAGAAGAAAUUAUAGGCAAUUACAGAACUUGAAUAAAAACUCUAGGAUGCUAAUAAUAAAAUAUAUGAUUUAGAGAAUAAGGUCGCUAUGUUAAGUGCUGAAUCUCAAAGAUUGAGAUAUCUAAAUGACUAAAAGACUGAACAAUUGAAAGCAGCGGAGCAAUAAUUAUCAGAUCUGAAUUUACUAAAAGAAUAAUUACACUAAUUAUAGAGUAAAUAUGAUGCUCAAUAAUAAAUGAAUUAGAACUAUUAAGCUGAAUUAGAAAAACUAAGAGGACAAUCAACUUAAUAGGAUACCAAUAUUGCAGAAUUAAGAAGACAAUUAGAUGAGCAAAAAGCUUAAAACAUAGUACAUAAGCAAGCAAAUUCAGAACAAGUUAUUUCAGAUUUAUAAUAAUAAUUAAGUUCAUUGUAAUAAAGUUAUAAGAAGGUAUCUGAAUCCAAUUUAGCCAAUGAAGAAGACCCAACUUUGGAUUUAUAAAAUAGAUUAACUUUAUUGAAACAAGAAAAUCAGAGGUUGAAUUAAACAAUUGUAUAAAAGAAUUAAGAGGUCUUAAAUCAUCAAUAAUAAAAUCAAUAAUUACAAAAAGAUUUGUUAUCCUCUGAUACUUUGAAGGUGUAAAUUCAACAAUUACACGAAUCAAAUUCAGUAUUGCAAGAACAACUAUAGAAUGAAAAAUAAGGUCGAAAAGGUUUGGAGGAGAAGAUUUAAUAAUCAGAAUAAGAAAAAUACGAUCUUUAAAGUAAAUGUGCUAUGCUCUCAACACACAUUGAAGGCAUGAAGUAUAAACUUGAAAAAAUGGAAAAUGUUGAUGAAUUGAAAAAGAUCAUAUAAGAUCAAUAAGCAUAAUUGGCUGAGAUGGAUGCCUUAAAAUUAGAAAUUGAAAGUCUUAAUGACAGAAUAGCUGAAUUAGAAAAAGAAUUAAAAUUAUGGAAAUAAAAACAUGAAUAAUUGGAUUAACAAUAUCAAUAGUUACUUCAUGUAAAGGAAUAAAUGGAAAAUAAGUUAGCUAUGCUUUCUUCAGAAAUUGAAAGAUUAAAAGUACUCAACUAAAAGAAGUAAGGAGAAAUAGACCAAUAAAACUAAGAAUUAAUGAAAAUGGAUUAAGAAUUAAAUGAUUUACAUAAUCAACUAGAAGAUAUUAAUGAAUUGAAAACUUAAUUGAGUUCACUUGAAAACCAAUUAUAAUAAUAAAUUGAUGACAAUUAAAAUAAAUCUGCUGAAAUCACUCAACUCAAAUAACAAGUUGCUGAAAUUGAAGGUUUACUUGUCAAUUAAGAGGACCUUUAGAACUAAAUUAAGAAAUUAGAAAAGGAAUCACAAUCAAAGGAUGAAAUCAUAGAAUAUAAGAUUGCGGAACUUGAGGACAUUAAAUAUAAAUACGAAGAUAAAAUGGCCUUAUUAAGUAGUGAGGUUAAAAGACAUGAGUUUAAGGCUAAAAAAUUGGAAGAUAAAUCGAAUGACCUUUAAGCCUAAGUUGAAAAUUUAACUCACGAUUUAAAUGAAGCAGAUGCAAAAAUUGUUGAAUUAGAUAAGGAUUUAGGAUAAUGGAAAUUUGAAUAUUCAAAAUUAAACAGUCUUCAAUACAAGAUAGAUGAAUACAGUUUCUUAUUAGUCGUUUCAUUUGCAGAAAUUGAAGCUUUAAGAUCAUAAAACUUUACAUUAAAUGAAUAAUUAGAUAAUCAUUAAAAAACAAAGGUGGCUUUAGCCUUAGCAUAAUGAGAAUUAUAAUAAUAGAUAAUUUAUAUAUCAUUAUC